AUGGCUCCGGUUUCGGCUCUUGCGAAGUACAAGCUAGUGUUCUUGGGGGAUCAAUCAGUAGGGAAGACAAGCAUCAUCACUCGAUUCAUGUACGAUAAGUUCGACAACACAUACCAGGCUACAAUUGGAAUCGAUUUUCUGUCAAAGACAAUGUACCUUGAAGAUCGAACAGUGCGUUUGCAGCUCUGGGAUACUGCUGGACAAGAAAGGUUCAGGAGUCUCAUCCCCAGCUAUAUCAGGGAUUCCUCUGUUGCAGUCAUUGUGUACGAUGUUGCAAGCAGGCAAUCAUUCCUGAACACUUCCAAGUGGAUUGAGGAGGUUCGCACUGAGCGAGGCAGUGAUGUUAUCAUUGUCCUUGUUGGGAACAAAACUGAUCUUGUGGACAAGAGGCAAGUUUCGAUAGAGGAAGGAGAAGCCAAAGCUCAUGACUUAAACGUUAUGUUCAUUGAAACUAGUGCAAAGGCUGGCUUCAAUAUAAAGGCAUUAUUCCGGAAGAUUGCUGCAGCCUUGCCAGGAAUGGAAACACUAUCUUCGGCUAAGCAAGAAGACAUGGUUGACGUCAAUCUUAAGUCUAGCAAUCCUAGUGGAUCUCAGUCCCAACCAGCCUCAGGAGGAUGUGCCUGUUGAAUGGCCUUCAUCGAGAACCUUUUUGCCUUCUUCGUUUUCAAUCGUUCUGUGAUCCUAAAAUGUCUGUAAAGUUCUUCUUUCUCCUUGAUAGCCUUAAAUUUUUUCGGUGCGCUGGUUAUAGAAGUUAAACUGAGAUAUAAGAGUAAGAUCCAUCAUUAUAGUCGGUACAUUCCCUUUCCAGGUUAUGUGAGAUCUUAAAAACAAACAGUUUCCAUUUAGCAGGCUUAUUGAUAUAUGCUGUGGUCUGUGAUAACAUUGCAAGAACUGAGGAAACCCUAGUAGUGAGUAGUGAUCA